CUACCUACCACCAUGUGUUUUUCUCUCUCUCUCUUCCAAGGAAAAUUAGGGAGUGGACUUUAUAUUUUUACGCAUUUUUACUUUCAUUUCAGUCGCACCAUCUCUGGACAACCUUGAGCUUAACCGCUUUUAUUACCAGAUAUCUCGUUUGCUAACAAGACCUACUCGAAAAUGAUGUUCUGGCACACAGUUUUUGUUGUUUCUUUGGUGACUUUUCUGCGAGACUUCCAUGUGUCCAGCUGUGAUUACGAGUGUACAGAUAGACCCGAGUUCACUCCAUCCAGACUGGUCGUGAAGUUUGGUGACCCAGCCUCUGUCAGCUGCUCUGUUUGUCAGCAUGAUUGCCUCAACAACACAUUUGAUAUAGAAUGUCCUGUAGGAGUCAAAAAACAAACUGGAACGACGGUUUCAUGGACCAUUGACAGUCUGACUGAAUGGAGCAUAGUACCAACAUGCUGGCAUACCAAUGAUACUGGUUACCAGUGUUGCACCACCCUGCCUGUAACUAUCUACCAGCAUCCUCGUCAAGUGUCCAUCAGCUUUGUGAACCACACCGGGCCAAUGUUUGAGGGUGGUGACUACGAUCUGCAGUGUUCAGUGCAGGACGUUGCUCCUGUUGGGGACCUCAAUGUGACUUUCUACAAAGGACAGACAGCACUGGGUCAACAGCAGGCCAACAACAAUACAGAGAAGAAACCAGUGAAUGAGACCUUUACUAUGAGCAUCAGCAUGACUAAUGAAGAUGACGGAGCCCAGUUCUGGUGUGAAGCAAAGCUAGAACUGGGACCUGAAGGACCGCAGCCCCCUCCGGUGAUGUCACAAAGCAUCACUGCCACUGUGUACUAUAAGCCUCAGUUAAAGGAGUCAGCACAUCCAGAUCCCAUCAUCGUCACAGAGGGAAACCCUCUACAACUGAACUGCUCAGCUAUGGCGAACCCCAGCCCCUCGUACACCUGGACACUCCCAUCAGCACCCGCCAGAACUUCACCCUCCAACAGCAGCGUCCACACUGUCGUUUCUGUGACUCCUGCAGAUGGAGGGCAGUACAGCUGUUCUGUCAGCAACAACAUGGGGAGAAUCACUGUGAAGUUUAACGUGGUUGUCAAAGGUUUGGAGCCAACUUCAACCAAACCGCCGCCAAUAACAACCAUAACACCAACAACCACCUCAACCACAACAAUUGCAACAGCCACAACCUUGACCAACCUUUUGUGUUUUAUGCUUUUAUUCUCUGCUCUGCCACUUCAGGCCUCUUCAUUUUCUUUCCCUACCUGUCCACCAGAUCCCCUCAGACUCAAUUACGAGUGUACAGAUAGACCCGAGUUCACUCCAUCCAGACUGGUCGUGAAGCUUGGUGACCCAGCUUCUGUCAGCUGCUCUGUUUGUCAGCAUGAUUGCCUCAACAACACAUUUGAUAUAGAAUGUCCUGUAGGAGUCAAAAAACAAACUGGAACGACGGUUUCAUGGACCAUUGACAGUCUGACUGAAUGGAGCAUAGUACCAACAUGCUGGCAUACCAAUGAUACUGGUUACCAGUGUUGCACCACCCUGCCUGUAACUAUCUACCAGCAUCCUCGUCAAGUGUCCAUCAGCUUUGUGAACCACACCGGGCCAAUGUUUGAGGGUGGUGACUACGAUCUGCAGUGUUCAGUGCAGGACGUUGCUCCUGUUGGGGACCUCACUGUGACUUUCUACAAAGGACAGACAGCACUGGGUCAACAGCAGGCCAACAACAAUACAGAGAAGAAACCAGUGAAUGAGACCUUUACUAUGAGCAUCAGCAUGACUAAUGAAGAUGACGGAGCCCAGUUCUGGUGUGAAGCAAAGCUAGAACUGGGACCUGAAGGACCGCAGCCCCCUCCCUCC